CCUCCAUCUCCCUGGGCUCAGGGGAUCCAUCUCAGCCUCCCAAGUAGCUGGGACCACAGGUGCUUUAUAAGCUUUACACAUCUCAUUGUAGCCAGUUUCUUAGAGUUGAUGCACCAUAAUGUGUUUAACUAAAUUUUUCUCUUCUUGGACAUUUAGAUUUUGUUCAGGUUUAGCACCAGCUGUGAUAAGGGUCUUCAAGCCUCUGCUUCCUGCUGUGGAAUUGUUGCCACAGGACACAUUCCCCGAUGGGAUUACUGAGUCAGAGGAAGUGGACGUUGAGUGGCUUUCAACAGACAGGCUGUGUUGCUCUCAUGGUGUCCAUCCUCCCAUGGGUGGGCAGCCGAAUGCGUUUUGGGAGAAAGCAGGUCUUGUGGAUAAUAUUUCUGAAGAUCGGAGCAGGUUGUGUCCAAGUCCAUGUUGGCCAUGACUGCAGAACGCCCCAGAGGCAGCAGGGGGCACCCUGGAGCUUUGUAUCCUCCCUCCGACCCGCGGCAUCUCCCCUGGCUCCACCAUCCCCAGGUGCCCAGAAGCCGGGUGUCUCAGCAGCAGCCUUGUGGCUGUGCCUAUUCUGUGCCCUCCGAGUUCUAGGUUGA